UUUAAGAUGACCGAUGUCGCUGCAUUUUCGGUAUGCACGGUCGCAGGUCGUGUUACGUCAUCAUUGUGCGCCGCGGUUUGUUUUGGAUUUGAAGAUGGAGGAGGCGGCGCGGUCCGCAGCCCUCUUCUGCUCCGUAAUCUUGUCGGUCUCCACCCCGCUGCUCGGGGGUCAGCUGUCCGAGCUGUGCCAGCUCCAGGCGGCCGUGCUGAGGCGGAGCCGGGCGCAGGAGGCUUUGGACCGAGACCGGCGGCGGCGCCAGUACUUGCGACGGAGGAGAGCCUUCCUGCUGUCCUCCAUCGCUGGGAUCCUCAGCGUCUUGUCCACCACCCGCAGACACAUCUGGGCCCGCCGACGGAUAAGAGGCGAGAACUUUUGGGCCACGGCGCAGUCAUACGACGAGGAUGCGUGGAAGGCGCAGUUUCGCAUGUCCCGGUCGACGUUCGACCACCUAGUAAAACUGAUCGGACCGGCUAUCCAGCGCCGCCGGACCAACUACCGGGCGCCCAUCGAGCCGCGCCGCCGCUUGGCCAUCACGCUGUGGUGGUUCGCCCGGUCCGGGGAGUACCGCUCCAUCGCGGACACGUUCGGGGUGGGCAUCGCCACCGUGUGCAUCAUCGUGCGGCAGGUCACGUCGGCUAUCGUGGAUCUGCUGUACGGCCGCUUCGUGUCGCUUCCGACCGGACCACAGCUGGACGAAACCAUUCGAGCCUUCGCGGACCGCUGCUACCCGCAGUGCGCAGGCGCCAUAGGCUCCACGCACAUCCCCAUCGCCCCCCCGCGGGACAACCCGGACCACUAUGCGAACGGAUGGGGCUGGCACUCCGUCAUCCUGCAGGGCGUGGUGGACCACCGGCUCCGGUUCACAGACGUGUACGCGGGCUGGCCCGGCAGCAACAGCAGUGCCUCCGUACUGUCCAGUUCGGACCUGUACCUGAAAGCUGAGGACCGCCCAGAUGGUUACCUGUUCCCCAGAGAGAAGUCCAUCCUGUCCAGCGGCGUGGAGAUCCCUGUCCAUUUGAUCGGCGACCUCUCCUUCCCUCUGAGGCCUUGGCUGAUGAAAGGCUACAGCAAUGAGCAUCGGUUGUCCCCAGAGCAACGCCGCUUCACCUUCACCCUGGCGUCGGCACGCUCCGUGGUAGACGCCGCCUUCAUGAGGCUGAAAGGGCGCUGGAGGUGCCUGCUGAAGAAGAGCGACAUUGAUGUCUCCAUGAUGCCGAGAGUGGUGACCGCCUGCUGCAUCCUGCACAACAUCUGCGAGCAGCAAGGAGAUGCCUUCCUGCCAGAGUGGAGCAUACAGAUGGCACCGUCUGGACAAUUUCUGAUCCAGCCAGACAUUGUACCAUACCAGGGAGAAACAUACGGACCGGCUGAGGUGGUCCGGUGCACCAUCGCCAACAACCUGCUGUCCAUCCUGCAGCGCUGAAUCACCUGCAGCUCCGUCUGCUGACUGUGGCUGAUUUGAUGUGAAAAUGCAAACAUUUCUGGAAGACUUGAAAAACGUUCUGAGAUUUUUCUCUUGAAGCUUCAGACACAGGAGGUGUCUACCAGUUUUAUGUCAGAGUUCUUUUCAGGUGAGGGAUUUUCUAAGACCUUUUACAGAAGAAUUCAACAAAAGUUUAGGACAGUGGGGUUAAAAGGAUUUAGUCCUGGAAGUUGUCCCACUUAAAAACAUCAGAGAGGUCUGUCAUUUUCAUUACAGACAUAAACUGUGAAAGACAGAAUGUAUGUAAACGACCCAGAAAAUCUCACUGUAAAUUCUAAAGUUCUCUAGGGAUCAUCUGGAUGAUCCAGAGGAGGACUGGGAGGAUGUCAUGCGAUCAGAUGAGACCAAAGUGAAACUCUUUGGGAUAAACGCCGCUCACCAAGUUGGAAGGGGAACACUGGGAAGCAUGGAGGUGGAAGCAUGAUGAUUUGGGAUAGAUCCAUAUUAAGGAAAAGAUGAGUAAAGACAUAUUUUGGACCUCAAUCCAAUAGAGAAUAUGUGAAGGUAGUUGAAAGGCUGUGUUUUUAGCAACGACUCAAAAAACAUCACAACUCUAGAGUGGAUUAUUAAAGAGAGGAUUAAAAUAGGAACUACAGUAGGUAAAAACCUGCUGAAGACCUACAGAAAACUUUGCUUUCUGUCAUUAACAACCAGGUUUGCAUUACAAAGUAUGGAGGUGAACUUCUGCUGUUAAUAAAUUACCUAUUUUUUGCUGAAAUGAACAAAUAUAUUUCUUUUUUUAAAUCAAGCCAUGUGAUUUCCUGAUUUUUUUUUUACAACAACGAAUUAAUUGAUACAAUUGUGAAAACAUUUCCAAAGUUCUGUGACAUGUAUUUGAAUAUAUUUUUCAAGCACAUAACAAGUUAACCUCAUUCCUUUCAUUUUUUUUGAAUGCUUUUUUUUUUUACCAAGAAAAGAUCACAUGUGACCCAGAUAUCCAAGAAUGUUUAGUAAAACAUGAAAAACUUUAUUUUGAGGGGCAUUCAUUCCUAUGCUUAUAACAAACAAUUCUUUUACUUCUCACUCCCAUCAUCUUUUGAUUUAUAUACAAAGUGUUCUGUGUUUUUUUUUUUCUUCAUUUUUUAUAAUUUUAAUUUUGAUUUAUUCAUGAUAGAACCAUAGAACCAUGCUUCCUUCCCGUUCUCUUUGCUGAAAGCAAGGAGCAGGACGCUUUCAGCUCGCCCAGUGUAUUUUCUACAUCACAGAUACGGUCUUUUUCAAACAAUUUUUUCAUCUGCUCCUGAUUCACAAUCAUUUAAAUAAAAAAAAUACCAGAA